CACUCAUAAAUCACACAACUAGGCAAGCAAUUUCUUAGUUCUUUCUCACACUUUAGCAAUAUAAAACAUUAUCAUCAUGGGUGUUUUUAAUGUUGAAGAUGAAAUCACUUCUGUUGUAGCACCUGCUAUACUCUACAAAGCUCUAGUUACAGAUGCUGACACUCUUACUCCAAAGGUUAUUGAUGCCAUCAAAAGUAUCGAAAUUGUUGAAGGAAACGGAGGUGCUGGAACCAUCAAGAAACUCACUUUCGUUGAAGAUGGUGAAACCAAACAUGUGUUGCACAAAGUGGAGUUAGUAGAUGUUGCUAACUUGGCUUACAACUAUAGCAUAGUUGGUGGUGUUGGAUUUCCAGACACAGUUGAGAAGAUCUCAUUUGAGGCUAAACUGUCUGCAGGACCAAAUGGAGGAUCCAUUGCAAAGCUGAGUGUGAAAUAUUACACAAAAGGUGAUGCUGCUGCUCCUACUGAAGAGCAACUCAAGAGUGACAAAGCUAAGGGUGAUGGUCUUUUCAAGGCUCUUGAGGGUUACUGUUUGGCUCAUCCUGAUUACAACUAAACUAUAUAAUCAUCAACAAGUGUGUGUUGUUAUGUAUACUAUAUAAUCAUCAUGUGUGCUUAAUUUGGCUGCCAAUGUAAUUUUCUGUUUUGUUUUUUCCCUUUUCUUUUCUUGUGGAACUAAAAGUGUGAGAUUGUAAGUCAUGUAUACCUCUCCUUCAAUAAAUUAUAAAAUAAUUUAUAUA